UAGGUACCUAAAACUAGAUACCUAAAACUAGGUACCUGCUAGGUACUAGGUAAACUGUACUGUACAGCUCCAGGGCUUUUUGCUGACUGCAGCUUCGAACACACACCCGAUUCUUCGGCCUUUUGGCUCGUUCCAUCGAUUCUUUCAGUCCACCACAUCUCACGUCCCAUUCCCAAAAAAACAUCCGCCCAUCCCAUCCCGUCAAUUCCACUUCUCCUCACCAUUCAUUCUCUCAACCUCUUCAUCCCCCCACACUACUUAUUAGGUAGUUGUAGAGGUUGUCGUCGUCCCUUUUUUUUCUUAUUAUUUUGAAAAAAGAAAGAAAGAAGAAAGAGAGGAAAGGUAGAGAGAAGCACACCCCGCGAUACCUUCGGUUUUUCUCCUCUUCCUUGUUCCCUUUCCCUUUUUUUUUUCUAAUCCCCUUCUUAUUCCACCUUCUUUUAACUUCUACCCCCCGAGAUACCCUCCCCUCCUCCCUCCAUCCCCCAUUUUACCAAUCCGUCACUUCCCAUUCCCAUUCCCUUUCCCUUCCAUCCCCUUUCCCCCUCAGCAUCUCUCAGCACGCUUUCCUCUUCCAUCGUUUCACCAUGCAAAAGCUCGCCAAUAUGCGUCACUGGCCCGAGAGGAUGAGCCCCAACUUCGGCAUGUCGUCAAGACCGAAUAUGAACAUGACCGCUAUAAAUCCGCACCAGAAGGCCGGAGCUCCGGGAGCUUCGCUUAGUCCCUCGCCUGCCGCCGACUCCACCAUUCACUUCGCCUUCAAUGUUCCCUUCGCUUCUGACCUCGCCGGUCCCAAUACGGAGGAGAUCCUCCAUGCGACUGGCGAGGCCGUUUUUCGAUGGACACACCCCGGAGACGCCCCCGAUGACAUCCCUGUCUACGAGUUACCUGUCCAUGCUCAGAACUUAACCAAUUUGCGAAACUUAUGCAGGGAGCUAACAAAGGGACCGUUGCCAAUCGAGGCCCACGUCAUUUCGAGCUUGCCCAAGGGCUUCAAGUCGCAGGUCACGACCGUGUGCCUUUCCGGUUCCCCCGAACUCGUGCACAAGAGCCGUGAAACCAUCCUGAGUGAUACUCCGCUGGCGCUGAGGUGCACUACCGUCGACGUAGAUUACGGACUGAUUGUCGACUCCCAAGCUGGCGCGUUGCAGAAGAAUGUCACCGAUGCUCUAGACACCUUCGCCGUAUUCUGUGGCGUUGAUAUUUUUAUCCUAGGUCCAAAGCUUACUCCCACAGUUGACGGUCUCAACGGCGAUGUUGAAGUCAUUCGAGAUCAGAGGUGGAGGGUUGCUAUCUACGGAGAUAUCGAGUCUACGGAGCAUGCCAAGACACAGGUUCUUAUCUUCAUCGACAAACUGCUUGGACGUCAACUAGACAUAAUGCGUUUUGAGAGCACAUUACACCCUAUCGUCUGUGGCCGUUCACGAAAGAACAUCAAGUUGAUCGAAUCAGUGACAAAUACGGCUAUCUACUUCCCUCCUUUUGCUCAGUUGCACCGCUAUUGCCCACCGAAUGCCAGUCGUCGAAACCCCGAGGAGAUAUUCAUCACUGGAGAGAACCCCCAGGGCAUAGAGUUAGCCAAGCGUAAGAUUCACGAGUUGGUCAACCGAACGAAGCUCUUUAUCAAGGAUGCUGUAGUAUCCCCUCCAAAGAUUGAUAGCAUCUUACUUGGACGUAUGGACAAGGUUCGGAAAAUCAUGGAAACCAACGGAACCUAUAUUAUGUUUCCCCCACUGGCAUCUCAACGCAACAUGAUUCGAGUUCAAGGCGUCGAAGGACUUCACAUUGAACGCACCAUGAAGGAAAUCAUGUCUCUUGCCGGACAAUUCUACUUCGCGUCAUGGUGGAUCCAGCAAGCUGGCAUUUCCCAGCUUCCAGGCCCUACCGAAAUCCGCGCCAUGCUCGGCGAUAUAUCUGCCAAUUCCGAUGCAGAUAUCUCCUUCGACAAGAUGACCUUCACCAUCAAUGGUUCUGAUGAUGCUGUGAAACAAGCCCUGGGUGUACUAUCCCAAAUCAAGUUUGUAAACCAGACACAACAUCAGAUCCGAGUCAAGAUCGAGCUUGCCAACGAGCACAAGGAGUUUGUCUCGGGCAAAAAGAAUGGCAAGAUCAACAAGAUCAUGACACAGAGCAAUGUUCAGAUUAUCUUCGACAGCUUCAGGGAAUACAACUUUGACAUUGAUGUUAUUGCACCAUCUUAUGACUCGAUGAAACAGGGAAUGACCCUGGUAGAGCAGGAGAUGCCUGCAUCCAUAUCCUUCCAUGUCCCUGACCAGUACCAUAAGCGAAUUAUUGGCAUUGGGGGUCAACACAUCCAACGUAUCAUGAAGAAACACUCGGUCUUCGUCAAGUUUUCGAAUGCUAUGGAUCGUGGUAAGACCUUCUCCAGCUCGACCAGCUCUGUCAAGGUUCGAGGCAUAUUAACAGACCGACUAGGAGGAAUAGGUCGUGAAGAUGACGACGUCAAGGUUGACAAUGUUAUUUGCCGAACCCCGGCUCGUAACGCUCAGAAUCUCGAGCUUGUGAAGACCGAAAUUCUGGAUAUGGUCGAUAGAGCGCACUCCGAAUUCACUUCCCAGAUCGUUCACGUUGAUCGCCUGUACCAUCGACAGCUUGUUUCUCGCCUGCAAGAGAUCGAGGAGCUUGAGAAAAAGUGGAACUGCAAGAUCAUCUUUCCCAGCACCGAGCAGGCAAGUGACGAGGUUACUGUCACUGGUCCCGAAUGGCAGGUGCCUCUUUGUGCCGAUGAAUUCUUGGGCAUGGUCCCUGAAACUCACGAAUUAAUCUUGACUCGAUCUUCGUCUUUAGUCAAGUUUCUUGAGUCACCUGAAUUCGUCAACGAGCUCAUUUCCAAGCUCAAGACUCAGCAUGAGAUUACACUUGAAGUACACGAAAACCCCGAAGAAAAGACAGACGAUGGUGAGCGUACCAUGACUUUGCUCUGGAAACUCACCCGCAACAACACCGGUGGCCUUCGUGAUGCAAUUGAUUUCCUUAUGCAGCAAUUUGCUGCCGCAAGUGUCGAUGCUACCGUCGUCAAAGGUGCAAUUCCCCGUCCGAAGUCAGACUCGUUCGAGGACUCGUUGCAGUACUUUGAUUCAAAGCUGCUUCAGCACGCCCCUACUCCUCUCGGGACGGACUCGCCUACGAAACCGGCCUUUGGCGAGGACGUAACUCAACAAAGGACUACAACGAUCUUUGACAAGCUUCGAAAGCCUUCUCAACUUUUGUCUUCUCUUGAUCGCAGAAAGAACAGCUCUCACUCGAUGAACACAUUCUUCAAAGGAUCUAACAAUGUGUCCAAGUCAUCUCUCAUUUCGAUUGACUCGACUCGCAGUUUCAAUGCUGAUCGAAACCCCUGGAACGAUAGCGGCGUAAAUCUUCCAGACGAGGAGAACAACCCUUGGUCGAGCCGACACUUCGGUAACGGCUUCGACAACAAACUAACGCCUGGCAACAUUCCACAUGGCGGCGACAUCACGCCACGACACAGCACGCGCGCGUCUGGCGAUAGUGGUCGGCCGUCGACUUCUCAUUCCACAAAUUCAGGAUACCCCGGUCCGAUUGGACCUUUCCGUUAG